GAAAACACAGCAGUUAGAUCUAAAAGGAUCCAGCAUUUCAGCUUUAAGUUUCAACCCAACUCUAUUACAAUGGCAGACUUUACACAAUUUCACAAAGAGCUCACAAAAGCAUUCGAAGCUUCUAAAAAUAUCCCAAAGGAUGAGUUGAUGUUUACAUAUGAGGGAGUGUUGUAUCCAACUGCAACAUGCAACAUUGACACAUUUAAAGCUUUGGAAACAUUUGAGACCCGUGAGGAUGAUAUUAUGAUGGCAGCUUAUCCCAAGUGUGGUUCGAACUGGUCUAUAAUGCUGUUACAUAGCAUGGUCCACACAGUACACAAUAAGCAACCGUGUCCUUUGAUCCCAAUAAUAGAAUUCAAAUCCCCCAAUAAAUUUGAGAUACUUAAAGCUGACUCCUCCCCACGAGUUUUAGCAACACACUUCAAUUAUGACCAAAUCCCAAAAUCAUUCUUUGAGAAGAAAGUAAAGAUUUUGGUGAUAUUUCGCAAUCCAAAGGAUACAGCUGUAUCAAUGUUUCACUUCUACAAUAAUAAUCCAGAGAUCCCCAACUACAACAGCUUUGAUGAUUUUUUCCCAGAUUUCAUGAGUGGAAAAGUGGCCUGGGGUUCUUACUUUGACCAUGCUAUUGUUUGGAAUAAACAUCUCAACAAAGACUCAGUUUUGUUGAUGACUUUUGAAGAUAUGAAAGAGGAUCUGGAGGGAUCAAUUAAGAAGAUUUCAGAAUUUUUUUCUUUACCCCUCACUGAAGAGCAAGUUAAAAUCAUUGCUGAUAAAGGAACAUUUAAGUCUAUGAAGGAAAACUCCAAAAACACACACGGUGAAAUGGGCAAAGUUAUAUUCAGAAAAGGGGAUGUUGGAGACUGGAAAAACUACUUUUCAGAAGCUCAAAGUCAAGACAUGGAUGCGAAGUUUGAAGAAUGCCUUGCAGGAACAAAGCUUGGAGAAGUCUUGAAGUACAAUAUUUAUUGUAAAUGGUGA